GUGACUUGGGAUAGUUGAAGUCCGGCUGUCGGAAGUGACAGUCGUUAGUCGCGCCGCGUGUCAACAUCUACGCUUAUCGGUCUCAACCGAGUCCCUUUCGACAUUACCCUUCUAAACACGCAUUCCCAUCAGCCAUGGAUCCGCUGUGGUUGAGACAACAACUGACCAAAUCGCCCACGUCUUUGACCACGUUCAAAAAUCCGUACCCAAGGAGACCUUGGCUCAAAGAUUCCGCAGCUGCAGCUGCAGCUGGUGGUGGAAAUGUUGGCCUCAAGGGAAUCGUUGCUGGUGGAAUAACGGGUGGUAUAGAAAUUUGCAUAACAUAUCCAACCGAAUAUGUGAAGACACAACUGCAACUGGAUGGAAAAGCUGGAGCUGGAAAAGAAUAUUCUGGAAUAUUGGAUUGUGUGAAAAAAACAGUAAAAGGUCAUGGUGUCCUAGGACUAUACCGAGGACUAUCCGUUUUAAUUUAUGGUUCGAUUCCCAAGUCUGCUGUGAGAUUUGGGGCGUUUGAAUCAGUGAAAAAACGACUAGUCGAUUCAGAAGGAAAGUUGAAUGCACAAACGAGACUUUUGGCAGGACUUUGUGCUGGAGUUAGCGAAGCUGUGUUAGUUGUAACGCCAAUGGAAACUGUUAAAGUGAAAUUUAUCAAUGACCAAAGGUCAGGGAACCCAAGGUACAAAGGAUUCUUUCAUGGAGUGAGCUUAAUAGUCAAGGAAAGUGGUGCAAGGGGUGUGUAUCAAGGAUUAGUUCCAACAGUAAUGCGUCAAGGUUCAAAUCAAGCGAUAAGAUUUUUUGUAAUGGAAACUCUGAAGGACUGGUACAGAGGGGGAGAUAACUCAAAGCCCGUACCCAAAUUACUCGUGGGUGCUUUUGGUGCAGUUGCUGGUGCGGCAUCAGUCUUUGGAAAUACUCCAAUUGAUGUAAUAAAAACACGAAUGCAGGGCUUGGAAGCUGCUAAGUACAAAGGCACUGUAGACUGUAUAAUACAAGUAUGGAAAAAGGAAGGAGCAUUUGCAUUCUACAAGGGUACAGUUCCACGAUUGAGCAGAGUUUGUUUGGAUGUAGCAAUUACGUUUAUGAUAUAUGAUUCGUUUAUGGACUUGUUUAACAAAUUUUGGCCAUAAACCAAGGCUGCACACAGGCUUGUAACCCUCUUCUUAUACAUUCCAUAAUGUUAGGAUUGUCUGUGCAGUACUUUUGCAUAAUUUUCGUAUCAUUAGUGGAUUCCAUACAAAGGGAUCUUUCGUGGUUGCAUGUUAUAAAUAUACCAGUGGUAAUAUACUACAGUUUACAUGGAACUACUGUAAUAUAAAACAGUUGUACAAAAAUUUAUAAAUUUCUUAUAUUUUAUUUUAUUUUUUUUAUUUUUGAUCAGUUCAACUUACAGAUUUGCAGUCACUUACAUAUUUUCUCUUCAUAUUUAUUUCUUUCAAGUUGUGCCAAAAAGUCUGACUUUGUAUAAGGCGCUUUAGUAGCUAAAGCAAAGAAAUUUUUUUAGCAAUUCAUCACUUGAUCAAUGUUCAAUAAUUUUCAUUUAUUUUCAUGGAUUUCAUGUAAAGCGACUACCGAUUUAUUAUGUACAAU